AUGACUAUGAGACAGGAGAGGAUCACUGGAGGAGCUUUUUCUAUGCAAAAGCAACAUUUUGGUAAGGGAAAACAGCUACCUAACCCAAAAAAUAAAAGCAAGCAUGAUGGAGGAAAUAGUAGUGAAGGGUCAAAGAAGUCAUUCCCUCAUUGUAAACGCUGUAAAAAAAGAACACACCUGGAAAAGUACUAUUGGUGGAGGCCUGAUACCGUAUGUGGCAACUGUAAACAGAUGGGGCACAUAUCCAAGGUUUGCAAAUCCAAAAACAAAACCUCUAAAUCUUCACAAGCUCAAUUGGCAGAUGCAGUUGAGGCACAGGAGGAGCAACUCUUUGCAGUUUCUUGCUUCUCAAUGAAUGACCCCUCUGAUGCUUGGCUCAUUAACAAUGGUUGCACACAUCAUUUGUGCAACAAUGCUGAGAUUUUCAGGAUCCUUGAUGAUACUUAUAAUUCUAGAGUAAAAGUGGGAAAUGGAGAGUUCUUGGAAGUCAAAGGAAGAUGGUCAAUGGCUGUUUCAAUAAUCUUAGGUAUCAAAACUAUUUCUGAUAUUUUAUAUAUACCUGGUAUUAGCCAAAAUUUGUUGAUUGUUGAACAGAUGCUUGAAAAGAACUACUCACUAUUUUUUAAGGAUCGAAUAUGCACUAUUUUUUAUCCUUCUGGAAUAGAACUAUUCUAUGUCAAGAUGAACAACAAGAGUUUUGUGGUAAAUUUUGAAAAAGCAACUGAGCAGGCCUAUAUAAGUGCUUCACAAUCAGUUACAAACCUGUGGCACAGAAGGCUUGGUCAUGUCAAUCAGAGAAGCAUUGCUGAGAUGAACAAGAAGGGGCUAGUGGAAAAUAUGCCUGAAAUUUCUUGUGAUGCUCAAGUUUGUGAGAUUUUACCAGAACCCAAAAGAAGCAAGCUAGACAACAAGGCCCAAAAAGGUAUUUUCAUGUGCUAUGGUUCAUCAUCCAAAGGCUACAAGAUUUUCUGUUUGAGAACAGAAAAAAUAAUUAUGAGUAAAGAUGUUAAGUUUGAUGAGGCAACUGCUUGGGAUUGGGAGAAGCAAAAGGAUGCUCAUACUCCUCUCUAUCCAAAAGUGCAACCUCAACUUGCAGCAGAUGAAUUGGUGGAUUACUUACUUGUGAAGGGUACCAGAACCUUGGAGGACAUUUAUCAGAGGUGCAGCUUAGUUGUCAAUGAACCAACAAGCUAUGCUGAAGCACAAGACUCUCAAGCAUAG